UGUAAGGUGAGUACCCAUGAACCAUUUUAUAUUGUACAGAGAGAUAUAGAGAGAGCCUCUAUUCUUCAAUUCAUUACUCCUCAACUAUAAUUUUAGUCACCUCUAUUAUUUCUUCAAGAAAAAAGAAACUGUUUAAGCGAAAAUGGGAGUGGAAGGAACGAUGGAAUACAUAUCAGAAUUGUUGAAGAUGAGGAGGAAAAAGAAGAAGAAACCAAUGCAGACAGUAGCUCUCCGAGUUACUCGUAUCGACUGCGAAGGCUGUGAACGUAAAAUCAAACAUAUUCUAUCUGGCGUCAAAGGGGUGAAAUCGGUGGUCGUGGAUGCGAAGCAACAAAAGGUAACGGUGAUGGGCUAUAUUGAGCCGAAGAAGGUUUUGGAGGCGGCAAAGUCGACAAGGAAGAAAGUGGAGCUAUGGCCGUACGUUCCAUACACAAUGGUGGCGAAUCCGUACAUAUCUCAAGCAUAUGACAAGAAAGCACCACCGAACAUGGUUCGGAAAGUCCCUGACACAGCUUUCGUUAACGAGACCACCGUUGAUGACUCUUACACCAUAAUGUUUAGCGACGAGAAUCCUAACUCUUGCUCGAUCAUGUAGAUGGUUUGGUUUUAAUGAAUUAAUUAGUUAUAUUUGUAUCCUACGGACCAAAAUUGUGAAUUCCGUAAAAUCUAUAAAGACCCUCAAAACUAAAA